AUGGCCCCCAUUUGUCUAGUGAAUAAUGAAGAGGAGAAGUUGACGGUGAAUCCAGAAGCAAUAAAGAUCCUUGACAAGAUUUCUCAGCCUGUGGUGGUGGUGGCCAUUGCAGGGCUGUAUCGUACAGGAAAAUCCUACCUCAUGAACUGCCUGGCAGGACAGAAGCAUGGCUUCCCUCUGGGCUCCACAGUGAGGUCUACAACCAAGGGCAUCUGGAUGUGGUGUGUGCCCCACCCCUGCAAGCCCAACCACACCCUGAUCCUUCUGGACACUGAGGGCCUGGGCAAGGUGGAAAAGGGUGACCCUAAGAAUGACUCGUGGAUCUUUGCCCUGGCUGUGCUUCUGAGCAGCACCUUUGUCUACAACAGCAUUAGCACCAUCAACCACCAGGCCCUGGAGCAGCUGCACUAUGUGACUGAACUGACAGAGCUAAUCAGGGCAAAAUCCUCCUCGACACCUGGUGAAGUAGAGGACUCUUUCAAGUUUGUAAGUUUCUUCCCAGACUUUGUUUGGACUGUACGGGACUUCAUGCUGGAGCUGGUGAUAGAUGGACACAGCCUUACAGAAGAUGAGUACCUGGAAGAUGCCUUGAAGCUGAUUCCAGGCAAGAAUCCCAAAAUCCAGAAUUCCAAUGUGCCUAGAGAGUGCAUCAGGCAUUUCUUUCCAAAUCGGAAGUGCUUUGUCUUUGACCGGCCAACAAAUGACAAACGUCUCUUAUUACAUAUGGAGAAUGUGUCAGAAGACCAGCUGGAUAGUAAUUUCCAACGGCAGUUAGAAAAUUUCUGUUCCUAUAUCUUCACCAAUGCAAAAACCAAGACCCUGAGAGAGGGAAUCAUUGUCACUGGAAACCGGCUGGGUAUACUUGUGGAGACCUAUGUGGAUGCCAUCAACAGUGGAUCAGUACCUUGUUUGGAGAACGCAGUGACAACUCUGGCCCAGCGUGAGAACGCAGUGGCCGUGCAGAAGGCAGCCAACCACUACAGUGAGCAGAUGGCCCAGCACAUGAGGUUCCCCACAGACACGCUGCAGGAGCUGCUGGACGUGCACAUGGCAUGUGAGAGGGAGGCCAUUUCAGUCUUCAUGGAGUGCUCCUUCAAAGAUGACAGACAAGAAUUCCAGAAGAAGCUCAUGGAGACCAUAGAGAAAAAGAAGGAAGAUUUCUCACUGCAGAAUGAAGAGGCAUCUGUCAAAUUUUGCCAGGCUGAGCUUAAGUGGCUUUCAGAGCCCCUGAUGGAAAGUGUUUCAAGAGGCACUUUCUCUGUUCCUGGAGGGCACAGUCUCUACUUAGAAGCAAAGAAGAAGGUUGAACAUGACUAUGAGCUAGUGCCUGGGAAAGGAGUUAAGGCAGAUGAAGUCCUCCAGAACUUCCUGCAGUCGCAGGCGGCUAUAGAGAAAUCCAUCCUGCAGUCAGACAAAGCCCUCACAGACGGAGAGAAGGACUUAGCAGCCGAGCGGGCCAAGAAGGAGGCAGCUGAGAAGGAGCAGGAGCUGCUCAGACAGAAACAGAAGGAGCAGCAGCAAAUGAUGGAGGCUCGAGAGAGAAGCUACCAGGAAAAUCUCGCACGACUGAAGGAGAAGAUGGGGAAGGAAAGGGAAAACCUUCUGAGAGAGCAGAAAAGGAUGCUGGAGCACAAGCUGAAGGUUCAAAAAGAACUGCUUAAUGAAGGAUUUAAAAUGAAAUCUGAAGAAUUGCAUACACAGAUAUAUCUACUAACGAAAGAGAUUGAAAAAACUGAAAAAUGUGAACACUCAUUAGGUUCUUGGAUCUUUGAUGAAAUUGACCAUUUGUUAGUGGGCAAAAUGCAAGGUCCUGACCUUGGUGGAACAGCUAAGCAGUCCAAGAAGGAGGCAGCUGAGAAGGAGCAGGAGCUGCUCAGACAGAAACAGAAGGAGCAGCAGCAAAUGAUGGAGACUCAAGAAAGAAGCUUCCAGGAGAACAUGGCCCAACUGAAGGAGAAGAUGGAGCAAGAAAGAGAAAACCUUCUGAGAGAGCAGGAAAGGAUGCUGGAGCACAAGCUGAAGGCCACCGUGGCAUCUGAAGACAUGAGGGCCCCCAUAUGUCUGGUGGAAAACAAGAACAUGCAGCUGUCAGUGAAUCAGCAAGCUUUGCAGAUUCUCGAGAAGAUUUCUCAGCCUGUGGUGGUGGUGGCCAUUGUAGGGCUGUACCGUACAGGAAAAUCCUACUUGAUGAACCGCCUGAUGAGACAGAACCGAGGCUUCCCUCUAGGCUCCACGGUGCGGUCGGAAACCAAGGGCAUCUGGAUGUGGUGUGCACCUCACCCCUGCAAGCCCAGCCACACCCUGGUCCUUCUGGACACUGAGGGCCUGGGCGAUGUAGAAAAGAGUGAUCCUGAGAAUGACUUGUGGAUCUCUGUCCUGAUCAUGCUGCUGAGCAGCACCUUCAUCUACAACAGUAUGGGCACCAUCGACAAUCAUGCCUUGGAGCAGCUACUGUAUCCUUUCAAGGACCAAACUACCAUGUUUCAUUGA